UUACUCUGCUUCUGCUGUUAAUUUUAAUUAUUAAGUAUUGUCUGUGACUUGAUAAUGUCGGAUCACGUUCGAUGUGCGCCCUAGAUUUUUAGAAUAAAUAUCAAAUAUCGUUAUAUCGUCGCUACAGCGCAGUUCCAUUUGCAUUGCCGGUGCCGGCCCGGCGCUGCAAACCAACCCGGCACUUCAGAAGCUGCCUUCAUUACAUUAGUAAAGAGACCAUUGUCUUUAGUUAGCUUUAAUUAUUUCCUUACCUCUGUAAUAUUUUACGAUUUGACUGUUAGCUCUUUUAGUUUUGUGAAAUGCCGCGAAAACCAUGUUAUUGGACGCGAAAAUUAGAGCUGAAUCUCGUCGAGUUCGUGCGACAAAGAGACUUUAUUUGGAAGCCAUUUGGAAAUACUAACCAUCACAUACAGCAGAAGUACAAGGCCUAUGCCGAGUUUGCUGCGAAACUGGGCAGUGGAUUUACUGCUCGCUCCGUCCGUGAUCGCUGGGUGAACAUACGAAGUACAUACAACCACAAUGUGCGACGUAUCGAGCGCUCCAGGGAGACUGCCAAGACUCUUGAAGAGGUCUAUGUGCCAUGCUGGCCGCUAUGGAAACCUUUGCAAUUUCUCCGGGAAGGUUCUAGAAAAGAUGUCUAUGAGGGCUAUUCAAUGGACUACAAAGAGACUGACAAUGUGGAGGUUAAAGUUGAAUUUGAAGACAUGGACGACCUAGAACUUAUACAAAUCCGACAACGAGGCCAGAGAACUGACCGACCUAGACGCAGAGCUCCUAUAUCUAAAAAGAAAAAGAAUACCAAGUGUAAAAAAGUUCUGGACGAUCUCCUUAUUGCUAUGAAGCCGUUAGUGUCCACUGUUCCUACAGAGACCAAUAAUUACUGGUUCUUUAGUCGUCAUGUCACUGAGCGAUUGAAUGGUAUGAGGGAAGAGGAUGCCCUGGCAGCAGGCCAGGAGAUCAUGAAGCUAUUGGAGUGGCCUGGUACUGACAUCACUUGAAGACAGCUUGGCUGAGUGGGCUUUAAAACCUCUGGAAAAGUUAUGAACUCUUCAGCAGCUAUUUUUUGAAAUGAUGAUGAACGCAAUAUUUUGACGGAAGAUUGACGAAUUAAUUAUGAGCAAAUCCUUAAAAUGGUACCAGGAAUGCAAAGGCUAGUUAAAAAAAUAGAGUCUGUUGUCAGCUUACCAGUUUGUCCAGUUAAAAGUAUGUUUAUCAUUUGCUUGUGGCCCUUUUCAUCCCAUUCUUUAGGUUGUAUUUAGGAGUCCGUUGUUUUUCAGCCAAAUAAAAAAAAAUAUCUCCUUGGUUUUCUGAAUAACACAUUAUCUCAAUAGGGAUGAUGACACAUGUUGAAUUUUAUAACGAAAUCUAGUUAAAUAGAUAGCAAAUGAGCAAUUUAUCACAACAUUGUCACAGAAUAAAUAAUAGUACUACCGUACAGAAAGGAAGCUUCCUACAAAACCGAAGUUUGACAGCGGUUCAGGGUCGAAUCAUACUAUCCCUUUCUAAUAUAUGGCACUAUCCCUUUCGGCUAUUUAGGGUUGUCAAAAUUUAAGUGAUUAUCUUAUCUGUGGUCGUGCACGCAAAAGGAAGUCAAGUGGUGCCAACCCUAAAAAUUGCUCGGAGCAAUGCUGAGCCGAGCGGAGCCGAGUUAGGCCGAAGUCAGGAGCUUCGCACCCCUGACAUUGUGGAAAAAAGAAAUGGAAAUAAUACAAGAACUACAACACCUGAAAGUUUCAAAGUUUAAGUGUUUUUAACUUCCAAAAACGGAAUAAUUCACCAUUCGAUUCCUCACAUUUCAUCCAAAAAAAGAUUGUACAGCAACUAUACACAUAAACGCAAUAUUUCACAGACUAAAAUGCAAUUUUCUUGUUUUGUUCAAGAUGCGCUCUCAGUGAUCUUGACGUCACGUUCACUUAAAUCGUUUUGUUAGGGGCGUUUCGCGAGUGAAGUACGUUUGUCGGAUUUUUGUAUUGCUUUAAUGCAAUGUGUCCCAAUUUAUUGAUCCUAAAAACAAACCUGAUUGAUUGAUACCAUAUAUGAAAAUUUGUCAUCUAGCCUAUUGUUCAAUAUUUAUGUUGUGGUACAAAAAAAAUGUCAAUGAAUCCAAAUAAAAUCUCGAAAGUUCGACAUAUGUUCUGCCAAAAAAGAUUGCUGUUAAUAAAAGUAAAGAUGUACCUAAAAGUAAAAUAAAAUUUAAAAUAGCAACACAUCUUUGAAAUUCGAUUAGUAGGUAGCCAUUCAAGCUAUUAGCGGUCGUUGUUCGUUUUCUUUUGCCAUGUUAUCAUAAUUGGGUUGUUUGGGGUAAAGAAUUUGAAAGAUUUGUCACAUUGCUUUCUAUCAUUUUCUUGAAUUAGUAUGAGUAAUGACCCUGUCUAUCGGGUGUACCCUAUGAUCUUUUAUACAAAGAUGUGUUAUACACGUUCCAAAAUUGAAGCACUCACCUCGUGUCAUGUGUACGAGUUUGUCUCAGUCUGCCUGACGCAAGCGCGAAGUGUACACCGGUUAAUACUUUUCCACAAAUAACGUGUAUUAAGCAACAAAAUGCCGACCUGCGUUAUGUUGAAAUGCUCAAAUUAUCCGCGGAAGCGCAAAAAAAUUGACGGCGUCACAUAUAAUUCGUAAGUAAAAGCUGAAAAAAUCCGUUUUUCUUCGGUUUAAUCUUGAAAAAAUAAAGCUGGCCGCCAUUUUCGCCGGCUGACAGAAAGAGAUAAGUUUAUGUUCUUAUCAGCGAGAAUGACAAGGACGCACCAACUGCGUACAUAGAUUAUCAUAGCAGAGGCGUCAUGGUAAGUUGCAUUCAUUGUUUGGUGCUUGUCGUACAAAUAAGAGAAAUAAAUUUCAAAUUUAAUAUUAAAGUUUUUAACUUGCACGCAUUUUUUCUUGUAAUUAAUUACAACAAUUGGCAAAUUAAAGAUUAUUAUUGUCCGGGUCGCGUCGAUUAAGUAAAUAGGUAUAUUGCUGGUUAUACAAAGAUUACUACAAAAUUAGUAUUUUUUUUAGGCAUUUCAUUUUCUCACACAAUAACAAUUAUUAUAACAUAAAAUUGUUAGUAAAAUAAAAGGUUUUGUUGUUAUUGAAUUUGCUUUUUUUUAACUAGGUUUCGUGGAAAGGAAUAUAGUUUAUUUACAUAGUUAAUUAUUUUUAUCGCUUUAUUUACAUUUGCGUAUGAACUGUGCUAGUACCAGUAUAUAUCACUUGAUCAAAGGGAAGGUGAAUGUUAUUAAUAGUAUUCACGAAUUAGGUAGAGUCCAAUACAUAUAAAAUAUAAAAAUACGGGGUGAAAUUUUAACCACCAUACAUGCAUACCUACUCUGCGUACUGAACCAGCCAAUUUUUUUUUUACAAAAGUAACUGAUAAGUAUAAUAUAAUAUCUUUUUUUUACAUAACUAAAUGUGAAAACUUUUUACUUCGGUAGCGAGUACAUUACUACAUAGAACUGCACUUAAAUGAUUUGCACCUUCUGUCAAACAUCUUAUUCUUUGAUAUUUUUUUUUCUUAAUAAGUUUUACGGUUCGCGCCAUCUCCACUAUUUGCCGUCGUGUUAUGGUGGUAUCACUGAUUUACCAAAUUCACGCGCAAGUGACAAACACUAACCGUCUCUUUUUUACUUAGGUAUUCUUUUAAUUGUGCCGUCUCUUUUACGCAUUUGCGUAUGAAGUUGUAAACAAAUUGUAACUGAUGCUGCCGUGACGUUGGCAGCAUUGGUUGGCAUCAUUUUUUUCGCUUGAUAUGUUAGUGUAUGGCAUAUCUACAUAUAAAAGAUCAUAGGGUGUACCAGAAAGUAUAAGCACAAGCUCCAACUGAUAUAAAACAAUAUAUUUUUUAAAUUUUAUAAUGACUUAUUACUCUUAUUAGUCAGUAUGCAAUUUCUACUUAUUUUGCAACAAAUUCAGCUACAUCGUCAACCGUAUGCCAGAAAUCGCACCUUGGAUCGAACACUCGACUUACGCUUCAGGACAGAUUUAUUUCUGAUGACUUUGGAGACUUGUAACCAGUUUUUUUUAAGGCCUCGAUAGGAUCUGCAAGUUUAAUAUUUUUUCGCAGUUAUGCCUUAGUAAGAGCCUAAAAAGUGUCGAUUGGCCUGGCUUCCAGGCAGUUCAACGGAUUCGUUUACUAGGCACAUAUUCAACUCCGCUGUCUCUAUACCAAAAUAUCCGUCUUGGACUAGUUUACAGAUGCCAAACCUGGCCAAAACAAGACAGGAUCAUCAUGCUCACACGGGC